AUGUUAUUUAGAGUUGACAAUGUUUCAUCUGAAUUCGUUCCAUCAACUAUGGUUCAUAGAACAGAUUUCAAUGCGGAUAAACGCCAACUGGACAUUGUUUCUAAAAAAUCUACAAAGAAAAACUCGAAUACUUCAAUAUGUGAAACAACUUACUUAAUUGAUGAUGAAAUUCAAAUUGAAUUUUUCAAAAAACCUCAAUUUAUUUCACAUUUAAUUAAUUAUAUAAAACAAGAAACAUUCGCAAUUGAAAUUGAAAUAAAACAAGUGCAUUCAAACGAUGAAGAAUCAGUAUUUGAUUAUACAAUAAAAUUCAUUGGAAGAAAAAAACAAAAUCGAGUUGUUCGAAAUUUUGUCAAAAACUUAUUCAAGUCAAUAAAAUCGAAAAUAUAUCAUCAAAAUAUUGUUAAAACAUGGCUAUUUAACAUAACAUCAAUUGGUAUUGUUCAAAAUAUCUUAGAUGAUAAAACUCAUCUAUUUACUGUAUGCCAAUGGAAUAGAUUGAAUAGUAAAAUCUUAGAAGUUUAUUAUUUCGAUGAUGAAAAAUUUAAUUCUUUUCAAAAUCUUAUUGAUAUUGAUGAUAUUAUUCACAAUCAUAUUUUACAGCUAAAUAUUCUUGUUUCAACAAAUAAAUCAACUCAAAUUAUUGAAUUUAUACAUCUGCAUACAAAUGAAAUUUUAUCAAAAUUUGAAAUUAGUUCAACAAAACAAUAUGAUGAAGAAUUCAAUGAAAAUAUGAAUCAAUAUGAACAAGAUCAUAUGUUAAUAUCUGUUACACGAAAUCCAUAUAUUAAAAAUCGAAAUAAAACAAAACAUAUCAUUAAAAUAUUUGGUUAUCAAAAACUUGUGAAUGAAGUUUUUCAAAAGUUCAAAAAUUUAUUUGAUAAAUAUCGAUUGAGAAAAUAUAAAUUUGGCCAAAUUUCAUCUGAACAACUUGAAUAUCUUGCAAAUUUUUGUAUCGAACAAUUACAUGAUAUUGCAAGAGAAUUUCAUAAUGAUUAUAUAAAAUUAAAUAUUCGAGAAAAUCAAUUUUAUGCUCCACACUAUUUAAAAAAUAAAAUAGAAAAUUCUAUCUUAAAUUUAUUAUCUAAUUUGAAAACAAGUACAUUCAAAAGUAAAGAAUUACAUUAUGAUAUUGCUGAAAAAUUAUAUUUGCAUAUAAAAAAACUUGCUCAACAAAACCGUUGCUAUUGUGAAUUAGCAUUAAAAAGCAAAAGUAAAUCUUAUCGAAUACCAAGAUCUAAUAAAAAUUCAUCAUUGGUAUCAAAAUCAAUAAUAGAACAAUCAAAGUCAUUUUGUUCAUCUCCACUAGUUUUUUCUCAAACGAAAUUAACUAAUGGUUCAAUUGAAAUUGUUAUGGGUGACAUCGCUUUACAAAACGUCGACAUUAUUAUUAUUUCAUCUACAUCAUUCGGAUUAAAAGAAAGUUUAAUUGAACGAGCAGGUGAAAUAAUUGAACAACAACCAUCAAGUCAAACGUAUCAACAAGACAAUAGAUUGAGUUCAAUUCCAUUUAUUACGGAAACAACUGGUGGACAUUUAAAUUGCCGAAAAAUUUUAUUUGUGAAUUGGUCAUUACCAACUAUAAUAUUCGAUGAAGACUAUUUGAGUGAUUUAAUUCAAUUAUAUAUUUCGAAAUCGAUUCGUUAUGUUAUCAAGGAAUGUGAGCGAGCAAAUUUAACCACACAAACAAUUGCAUUUGCAGUUCCCGACUCAUGUAAACACGAACAAAUUUUAGCAGAAGAAAUGAUUGAAGAAACAAUCAAUCAAAUUAAUUUGGCAAAAGUUGUCUCAUUAAAAGUAUCGUUCGUUUUAUUACCAGAUCAGCAGACGUUACAUCAACUAUUUUUAAAUAUUAUUCAAACAAUACAAACAGGAAAAGAUUGUUGUGACAUUUUUUUAUGUCCCGCAACAACUAUUCAAAUAACUCUUACAUGUUCAAAUGUAGAUAAUUUAAAGCAAUGUGAAAAAAGAAUAAAUAAUUAUUUAAACCGAUCAAUUUUUAAAAUAAACCUAGAUGGAUUUGAAAAUUGGAAUCAAGACAUGAUCAAUGCUUUUUAUAAAUAUUCUAUAGAUAGAUGUACUUUACCUAAAUUAGAUAAAGAUGAAAAAGUUGUAUUACAUGGCCCGAUAAACAGUGUUUAUGAAGUUAAACAAAAAUAUGCUUUGAUAAAAACAUUAGCUCAAGAAAAAACCAAUUUAUUAUCAUUAUUUUCAACUGAAACAUUAUUUGUUGACUAUACUAUUAUGUUGAGUUAUUCACCAGAUGAUUCAAUAGUAUCACAACGUUUAGCUAAUUUUCUUAUUGACGAAGGUUUUUCUGUAUGGUUAAAUUUAAAUCAAUCAAGAAACAAUGAAGAACAUUUUGAAAUGGUAAACAAAUCUUAUUGUAUUAUUCUUUGCAUAAGUAAAAAUUAUUUUCAUGAUAAAUUAUGUGAACAAGAAGCAAAAUAUGCAAAUCAAAUAGGAAAAUGCAUUAUUCCUGUAAAAGUUCAAAAUUAUGAACCAAUCGAAUGGUUAGAAAAGUUAAUUGAAAAAGAAUCAUACUUUCAAUUAUUUGGAUCAGAAAAUCAUUUUAACUUAGAAUAUGAUAAAUUAUUAUUGAAACUUUUCCAAUGUAUAGCAAACAGUUAUAUCCACUCAUUUAAGCAAGCAUCUGAUCAAUCGAAUGUUUUACAGGCGAAUGGUCCUAUCAAAUGUGUAGGAACUAAUAAAGAAUUUGACUUUCUACUAACACCAGACCAAAACAAAGUCAAGUAUGAAAAUUAUAUUCAAAAUUUAGCUAAAUCAGAAAAAGGAAAAAUAACUGACAAUGAUAAAAACAACCUGACAGAAAAAAUACAAGAUAUUAUUCAUGCAAAAGAAAAUCAAUGCAGAAAGUAUUUGUAUGAAAAUAAGUGGUAUUGCUAUUUACAAACUCUAGAUAGUCCAGAGAAGCAACAAAAAAAAGAUAAAAUCAAGCAAUGCGUAUGGUUUAAUAUUGGAAUCCUAUCUUACAAACAAUGGUUAAACAAAAUAGAAAAUUUUAAAACAACAUUAAAUAUUGCACCAUUUACAUAUACUGGUGAUGUUAAUAAAGCGAUUUUCCCUAUGUUGAAUGAAGUUUUACGAAAUUCAUAUUUAUUAUUAUCCUUACGAAAGCAUUAUCCAAUAGAAAAAGAAUUCAAUAAUCUUGCUGAACAGAAUAAUAAUCGUACUAUAAGCGGCUCAUUUAAAAAGAGAUCGUUAAUGAUAUUAAAACAUCAAGAAGAAAUGACUUGUAAAAACUUAAAUCUAAAUGAUAUUGAUUCUCAAACAACAUCAAUUCGAAAAAGCACUUCACUAGUUUGUUUUUCUAACAAUAAAAACAUGUCAAAAAACAGUAGAAAGAUGAAACAAGAUUUUAAGAAAACUUGUAAACAGCAACUCAUUGUGCUUAAACAAUGUCCCGCAAAAGCGUCUUUAACAGAAAAAGAACUGUUAGACUUUAAAUUCAAAUUUGCUGAACGAAUGAAAACGAAUGAGUAUGAAUUUGAAAAGUUCUGUGAAAAUUAUAAACAUUCAUUAUGUUCAUCGUCCAAACAAAACAUAAAUAAAUGUUCAACAGCUAUAUUUGGCCCAUGUCCAUUUUCAACUGUAACAAUCGAAUCAUUUAAAACGAUAAAAACAAACAAUAGUACUGAGCUUCCAUUAAAAUUUCCUUGGAAUGGAGUUUUUGAUACAAAAAUACCAUCAACAACAUGGAAAAAUCCGACAAUAGUCUUCUACUUCGAAACAAAAUCAUCCGAGGCGCAUCACAUAAAAUAG